UCCAAAUUCUCUCCUUCACACAAGCACACACAGAGAGAGUGAGAGAGAGAGAGAGAGAGAGAGAGAGCAAGAGAGAGAGAUGAAAUAAUCAAGAUGAAAUAAAACAACUAUUAAGAGAUAUCUGAAAACUGAACGAUUCCACUCUCACAUUGACUUUGACAAGGGAAAACUCCACUGAUUAAAAAGUGUGCAGAAGAACUUGCAGCUACUUGCGGACACUUUGCAUCAUCUGAAAAGCGUUUAAAAUCUGAAAAGGGUUUCCGUGUGUUUUGUUUAUAAUUUAUACUGUACAGAGGUGUGUGCUCUGGUGGGAGUGUGAUAUCUCUUCUGAAACGAGAGCAUGCCGGUGAAGCUUCGGUCCAAGCACGAGCGAGUACUGGAGUUCCGCUCCGUAAAACGAGGGGCGGGGAUGGAAUAUUCAUAUGAGCGCGCGUGACGGCGGCUGUUUUCCAAUGCACGCAGAAGCUCGCAACUCCUCCGCAGCUCCGCACCUCACAGUCCAAACCAGCGGGCGCACCGGGACCUGCCGCCUCCAUGCGGGUGCUCUGCUGAUUCUCGAGUCAGUUCAGUUGGUUUAUUUUCAUGCUAUUAUUUACACUGUGUUGCUCUCCUAAAUGCGUUGAUUCUUAGAGCUCGGACUCACUUUCCUUAUUUUUUUCUAAUUUUCUCCCUUUUUUGGAGAGAAGAAAAGACUCUUGCAAGCAUGUCCUAUCCUCAGGGUUACCUCUAUCAGCCUCCGGGCUCUCUGGCUCUCUACUCCUGCCCGACGGGAUACGGUGCUUCGGCUUUGGCCGCCCCCAGGAGCGAGGACUUGGCUCGGUCUUCAUCGGGAUCUGCUUUCAGCCCGUACCCCGGCUCGGCCGCCUUCUCUGCCUCAGCCAGCGGCUUCUCCAGCCCGCUAGCCUACCCCACCGACCCGGCCACCGGGCUUCCGUCGUACAUGGGCUCACCAUAUGACACGCACGCAACGGGCAUGGCGGGAGCGUUAAGUUAUCAUCCGUAUGGCUCCCCCGGUUAUCCCUACCAGCUGAACGAUCCGGCCUAUCGCAAGAAUGCAACGCGGGACGCCACGGCAACGCUGAAGGCCUGGCUUCAGGAGCACCGGAAGAACCCAUACCCUACCAAAGGCGAGAAGAUCAUGUUGGCCAUCAUCACUAAGAUGACCCUCACGCAGGUGUCCACCUGGUUCGCCAACGCCAGGAGGAGGCUGAAGAAGGAGAACAAGAUGACGUGGGCUCCCCGGAAUAAGAGCGAGGACGAGGAUGAAGAUGACCCCGAUGGUGAAAGGAAGGAUGAGCGCACGGAGAAGAACCCUGACAACAGUGAAACCUCUGCUGAGGAUGAAGGCAUCAGUCUGCACGUGGACACCCUAACUGACCACUCGUGCUCAGCGGACUCGGACGUGGAGAAGGCCGGUUGCAGGAUGGGAGACCUGGGGUGCGAGUCUGGAUCAGAAACUAAAGACAAAUACGGGGAUAACAUGCGUGACACCGCCAGCGAGGAGCGACCCCGAGGCCUAUCGCCCAAGCCGGUGACACCUUCUCCGCUGGUUGGGGUAGAGGCCCCUCUUUUAAACCUACACCACCGGGAAGACUCCAGAAACAACAGCAUCAAGAGCUGCAUGGACAGCCGCGUCACGUCAGAGCAGCACACCACGGCUGCCAAACCCAAACUCUGGUCUCUUGCGGAAAUUGCGACUUCGGACUCAAAGCAGCAGGUGGGACAGAGUGCGCACCCGACUUCCGGACUGUUGACCUCCAGCGCCUCUUGCGCGUCCCCGGGCAGCGCGCUCUACCCCGCCUCGUCUCUCCUCGCGCGGCCUAUUUACUACACCUCCGCCUUCUACAGUAACUACUCAAACUACGGCAACUUUGGAGCUCUGCAGGGACAAGGCAUCUUACGUUACAACUCCUCUGGCCUGGCGACAGAGGGACUAGCGCAGUCUGUUCUCAACGCCAACGCGCUUCAGAAGCAGUGCGGCGACCCGCUCCUAAAAACGAAUCCAAACCACACUGAGCAACACUUCAGAUCCGCACAUGUAGAACCCAAGAAAGGUAGGUGUCACACUUGCUUUGAAUAAGGCGCCUGAACCCAUCCUUCCAAUUAUAUAUAUAUAAAUAUAUAUAUAUAAAUCUAUUUGCUCUUUUGUGGACCCCAUCUUUAAAAAAAGGACUGCGGCCAUGACCCCAAACAUCUCACCUACCCCUUUUACAGAAAUGUGCUUUUUCAGAUGACGCAAUUAUCCUGCUAUACACGACUUUCCUGAAAAACUGAAAUAACGCUGAUCUCUCAGGAGUCUAGUUUGCUUCAUCGCCACCAUGUAUUGUUGUAUACUUUCAAGUGUGAACUUUAAUUAGACCUACUCUACAACCUAUUUGUAAUGAAUACAUAAUGUGGAGUUGGACUUGACUAAAAGGGGGGUACAUUUGAUAUUUAUUUUUUUAAUGAUGGCGAAAGCCAAUAAUUUAUGCAAGUUGUAUUGCAAUGGAAACUGAACAUUGUUUGUAAAUAAAUUAUGAUUGUUUUUUUAUUAUUUAAAUCGCCGAAAGUUACACAAUGUUGUUAACAAGAGUACUUUUACUAAUUUAUAUCUUUGAUUGUAAAUAAACGCGCGCUAGUCUACACUAGCAUAUGCGAACUAUCCAUUAUUUAAUUGCGUAGUUUUGUUUGCGUAAAUCUCUCUUUAUUUUUUAUUUUGUUUACAUUAAAAUGCAGAUUGGUCUUUGGAUUUAUUUCACAUGUCUACGAGGGAAGGUAAAUAUAAGAUGUAAAAAAACAUCAUGUUGCAUACAUUUAUAAAGAAUAUUUAUCAGACA